UUUCCUUUCGGUAACCUAACCUCACUCCCCAUUACGUGUUGCAAUAUUUUCUUUUCGUUUUUCGACAACAUAGAGACUAGUUAGUUUUCUCUGUUCUUAUCCAAAACCCAUAUUAGUAUUAAGUCCCUUCCCCGUGAUCAAAAGCAAUAAAUGUCCAGUCGAUUCUGUAUCAUUCCAGAGGUCAAGUGCGUAGCUCCUUUGUUGGCCGAGCGCAUGUACUUGCAAGAAGUUUGGUGUUGUGCUGAUAAGGAAUGACUGAUAAGUAAAUAAGACCGGAUGCGAUAGUGGAGGCGAAUAUAAGAAUUGAACACGUUUUAUCUGUAAGUUGUGAUCUUGUGCCUGUACGCAUUAGCUCUUCAUUUUCCUGACCAUGGACUCUUCAAGUAGGGAGAAAAAGAUUGAAAUACUCAAAUCGCUCAUCCAAGAAUACCCCGACUUCCCAAAACAAGGUAUUUUAUUCAGGGAUUUAUUUUCAGUUUUCAAGAAUGUUGAGGCUUUACAAAUACUUCAAGAACUGAUUUUUGAUCACACAAAUUCACUUUCUAAAUCUGUUGAUGUCGUUGCUGCUUUGGAAUCCAGAGGAUUUCUCAUUGGGCCUUUAAUUGCAAUCCAGCUAAAAGUUCCGUUUGUGCCAAUCAGGAAGCCUGGAAAACUGCCUGGGAAUGUGCAAAAAGUUGACUUUGAGCUGGAGUAUGGCUCUGAUUCUUUUGAGGUUCAAAUAGACAGUAUUAAAGAAGGUCAGGGCGUGCUCCUUGUGGAUGACUUGCUAGCAACUGGAGGAAGUCUGGAAGCUGCAAGCAAACUUUUAACAAGCAAGGGUGCUAAAGUUGUUGAGAAUUUUGUCAUCAUGGAACUUUGUGAUCUGAAAGGCAGGAGUCGUUUAACAUCUCCUGUUCACUCUUUGGUCAAGUACUAGCAUUUAAUGUACUCCUUGACUUAGUUAGAAAAUGAAUUGUUCGCUUUUAAGCACAAGUAUUUGAACCCUUAAAUUAGGGUUGUUGGAUCAUACUGCUGCAACUAUACUGUAUCAAAAUAGUUUGAACUGAAGCUAUCUGUCUCUGUAUUUUUAUAUUUUUCAAAGGGAGACAGCAGUUUCUAAUUUUGAAUGAAUCCUUGCUUAAAUUACAGAUAAUUAAUUUUAGAAGAUACUUUCUUCCUUGGUUUUGUGCUAUUUUUCUCCAACAUUUUGAAGGAGGUUCUUUUAUGCUUAUGGACCAUUCACAUCAAGGAACUCUACUAUUUCUGGCGUAACCAUAAAAUUACAUAUCUGCAUGGGAAAUUAAUAGCAGAUAUGUUUUUUCUAAAAUGACUCAGAAAUAGUCCUCCCUUAAAGAAAAAUGUGGUCCAUAUUAUCGGCAAUUAUUUUAUACCGCUUAUUGUGGAUCUCAAAAUCUUAAAAUUUGAUUAUGUAGGGAUUUUCAAUGCAUUUUUAUCAAUUGGUCCAGUCUUUUGGAGCUGAAAAUUUCUGCAAGAAAUGGUAACAAUAUUUUCUCAUCUAUUUCUUCCUCUGUUUUUGUGAAAUAGUAAAUUUUUCUCAGCAUUACUCAAUCACACAUACUCAUUUCCUCUUGACAAUAUUUUAAAAAUGCCUGAAAAUAGAGUCACUUUAUUGCCCUUGUACCUUGUACAUCAUAUCAAAUGAUACCGAAAUUAUUCAAGUGCAGAUUUCUUGGUAUCCUGCGUGCAGACUGCUAACGAAGACUCUUAGCAUUUUUACAUUUAUUCUCAAAUAGAAAAUCCCCAUUCCUUCGAGAGUCAGGAAGUGCCCAGUCGUGGUGAGACGCUCUUAUCGAGAGUCCUGUUGAAAGACACGAAGCUUUGCUGCAGCAUUAAAAACAACUUAUGCAAUUGCGGCAAAUAUUCUCAAAUGAUACUGUGCCUCGAUAAGAACGUUUGAAUCACGUCUAGGCGCUACCCGAUAAUCCCUAUCGGCCCUACCCCAGGGAGGGCCAAUACUUUCUCCUUCCUAAGUACCCUCAUUAGGGAUACAAAUGUGCCUGGUGUCGGGAAAAAUUUUUUUCAGACUGAUUGGAUCAUAGGGAUCUUUGAAUGAACCUACUUCAAGUUUAAUGUUUUUUUUUUUUUUUUUUUUCAUUUCUAUUGAAGAUACAUUUUUUUUUGCGAAGUUAAACGGUUUCUUCUGAUACAUAUAAAUUAAUUAAAUUUUGAUGCAGUUAUCAAGUUAAUCUCAGAGAAUAGAUUAUUUAUUUUUUUUUUUUAAAAAAAAAACAGUAUUUUAUUGUUCUUUUUUUUCUUUCUUAGUUUACUUCUCUUCUCUUCUUUGCCACUAGAUUCAAGAGACAUUAUUACUAAAGAAUUGAUGCAUAGCAUCAAAUACUCAUCGCUAAAUUGAGCUGAGAUUUUAGACUAUAAGUAACUUUUAUCUUGUUAUUAUUUUUGAAAUCUAUAAGACAAUUUAUUUUUGUAUGUGCUGUCAAAAUAUAUGUGUGUUAAGUGCCAAAGUAACCAUUUUAAAUUGCUCAAAUUAGAAUUUGCCCAGCAAAGAUUCUAUAUUUUUCUGGUGAAUUUUUACACAUGAAAGCAACAAGCGGCUUUUACAAAAAGAUAAAUAGAUGAAAAAGUCAAAGUAGCUUAAAGGAAAAAAUCUAUAAUCAACCCUGAAAUAUUGGCAGAUAAUAAAUUUUACUCCUCUUUGUAUGAUUGAUCUUGUACAAAAAGUCCCUCAUAUCUAAUGCAUCCAGCUAGACUGUCAAAAUGUAAGGAAGAGCAAUAAACAAAUCAUUAUUUUCUCUGGAGAGAUAUUAUUGUAAGCAAUUCAAAUUCAUUUUCAUGUUAUCUUGUUUUGAAAGGUGUAGCAUUUCAACCAUUUUCAUGUAAUUAUUAUUAUUGCCAUUCCUAAUUUUAUAUUUUUUCUUUUACUAUUUUUUAAUUCUCAUUAUGUUUCUCUAUGAAGUUAUUUUCUAACAUUCCAUUUUUGCAAUAAAUGGUUUUUGUUACUCCUCUUA